AAUUUUUUAUAAAUCAAAAUAACCUUCUUGCCAAUGGGAGAGAACCAUUUGUGUUGACCAUGAUAAAUAUAUAAAAAUAGAUUACCUUAGUUUAAAUCGAUCGAUCAUUUAGGAGGGCAAAAGGCCAAAGAAAUGGCAUAUUCCCUUAUCCCUAACACUGGUACGAAGGUAACUUAGCAAACUGAUGCAACACCAAAACUUUCUGCUCUUCCGAUUCACUUUCAUGAUGACCCAGCUAGUCUUCCAACGAUUUUGACGGCACAUCAUUGAUACAAAAAAUCAACAGCAGAAAGAAAAAACAGAGAGAACAGAGGAACUUAAUGGAGGACUGUAAACUGUGCAUUCUUGUUACUUUUUUCUUGAUCAUAACAAAGGUGGUUGUUACUGGGAAAGACAUACCAACAACGUUAGAAGGUCCAUUUGAUCCUGUAACUAUCCGUUUCGAUCCGUCUUUACGUCAAGGCAGUGAUGACAUACCGAUGGAUGAUCCGAGGCUCAAGAAGAAUGUCACCUCAAUGUUUCCAGAACAAAUAGCUCUUGCUUUAUCCACACCGACUUCAAUGUGGGUUUCUUGGGUUACAGGGGAUGCACAGAUUGGUUCCAAUGUGACUACGCUUGAUCCUACAUCAGUUGCCAGUGAGGUUUGGUAUGGGAAAGAGAGUGGAAAAUAUACAAGCAAAAAGACAGGAAAUGCAACUGUUUAUAGCCAAUUGUACCCAUUUGAAGGGCUCUUGAAUUAUACCUCCGGCAUCAUUCACCAUGUGAUAAUUGAUGGUCUGGAACCAGGAACAAAGUAUUACUAUAGGUGUGGAGAUAGCUCUCUUCCAGCUAUGAGUGAUGAACAUGUCUUUGAAACUUUAUUAUUACCUGGUCCAAAUUCCUAUCCUCGUAGAAUAGCACUUAUAGGAGAUUUAGGUCUAACCAGCAAUUCAUCAACAACUAUUGAUCAUCUGACUAAGAAUGAUCCCUCAUUGAUCUUAAUGGUUGGAGACUUGACCUAUGCAAAUCAGUACCUUACAACUGGUGGGAAAGGAGUUCCAUGCUUUUCAUGUGCUUUUCCAGAUGCACCAAUUAGAGAGACUUAUCAACCUCGCUGGGAUGGAUGGGGAAGGUUCAUGAAGCCGUUGAUCUCAAGAGUUCCUAUGAUGGUCAUUGAAGGCAACCACGAAAUUGAACCUCAAGUAGCUGGGAUCACUUUCAAAUCAUAUUUGACAAGGUUUGCAGUUCCAGCUGAGGAGUCUGGCUCUAACACUAACUUUUAUUACUCUUUUGAUGCUGGAGGGGUACAUUUCAUUAUGCUGGGGGCAUAUGUUGACUAUAAUAGUACAGGAGCUCAGUAUGCUUGGCUAAAGGAAGAGCUACAUAAAGUAGAUCGAAUGGUAACCCCAUGGCUAGUAGCAGCAAUGCAUCCACCAUGGUAUAAUAGUUACUCCUCACACUAUCAGGAAUUUGAAUGCAUGAGGCUGGAAAUGGAAGAACUUUUGUAUCAAUACGGAGUUGAUAUCAUUUUUUCAGGUCAUGUUCAUGCUUAUGAGAGGAUGAACAGAGUAUACAAUUAUACAUUACAUUCAUGUGGACCUGUCUACAUAACAGUUGGAGACAGUGGGAACAUUGAGAAAGUUGAUGUUGAUCAUGCAGAUGACCCUGGAAAGUGCCCCUCAGAAGGAGAUAAUAUACCAGAGUUUGGAGGUGUGUGUCAUUUGAAUUUCUCUUCUGGUCCUGCUAAAGGCAAGUUUUGUUGGGACAGGCAACCAGAGUGGAGUGCAUUUAGAGAAAGCAGCUUUGGACAUGGAAUACUUGAGGUUCUGAAUUCAACAUAUGCAUUGUGGACUUGGCACAGAAAUCAGGAUAUCUAUAAGGAGGAAAGUUCUGGUGAUCAAAUAUAUAUUGUGCGACAGCCUGAAUUGUGCUCUCCCUCUACAUCCUUAAAAGGAUCCAAUGAGACUCAACAAGGAGCGCAAGUAAAAGAAAGUGCAGCCGUAUCUGCAAAAUGGGCAUGGUUUCUGCCAUUGUUCUUCAUAGUUAUCAUUGCUUUCUGUUGACAAUUGUUAAAGUGAUUAUAGCUUGGUAAGAGAGGUGCCAGAAGAUUACAAAGUUCACUGGUUGAAGACCAGGUCACUGGAGGAACCAUACAACAAUUAUUAGUUACAUUUUCAGGUCAUUGCUUAAUGCUUCUUACGACUGUAACUCUUUCAAUUCAGGAUCAUGAAGAUUGUAGGAGCAGUACUUUCAUCAUGCUUGCAAGUCCUGCCUGAUGUUGUUCUAGACUUAUAGUGCAAAAAAUACCAAGGUUUUAAGCCAAAAUCUCAGUUUAAAGGCUAAUGAAUUUAAAUAAUCGGAGAGCUAAUAGUUGAGAGGGAGGUUUGAUAAACUAAUCAUCUCCAAAACAAAAUGGAGUGAGGCAAAUAUGCUGCUCGGAGUUUCAUUGUAAUAUUUGUAGUACUUCCAUAUUGAACAUAGCUUGGUUUCAGUCAAGAGAAUUUGUCAUGAUACCAAUUUUACUUGGCAGAGCA